AUGACGCAGUUAUUCAACUCCUCCACUCCUACAAAUCCGAAUUCAGAGAAGCGGAAUUUCCCCGGCAUAUCGCUGACGGGAAAGAAGCAGGAGAAGCAUGAAAAGAAUGAGAAGCAUGAGAAACAUGAGAAACCCGCGAAUGAGUCCUCACAUUUCCCUACAAAACUACGGAAUUUCUUUCGAAUAAACAGCUCGUCGAAUACCAACUCGAACAGCCAAGGGGGCUCAGGCCAUAACUCCCACCAGAACAAGAGCUCCAACCUCGCUGUACCCAAGCAAGAGUCCAAGUUUCAGUCCAGGUUUCUCCCACACAUUGGCCGGAAUCGGUCAACUACUGUUGCCAGUGAGGGAAACCCGCUGGACGACGAUGGUGUGUCCCCGACGGCUCACGCAAAUCCAUACUUCGCGCAUCAGGGAUAUCCCGCCUUGAGACAUCGAAAUGAUGAUAGCGUUCCUUCGACCCCUCCCGAUACCCCUGGCAUUGGCAUACAUAUAGACGGAGCUCCUGGUGUAGAGCAGCCGACCGCAGCCAAUAAAGAGGAGCUGGCGAGAAAGCUAAGGAGGGUUGCCUCUGCACCCAAUGCGCAGGGCCUGUUUGUAACCGGGAAAUCAGACGAACGCCCUCGGACGGCUGAGCUGGGUAAAGAGCCUUUGGUCGAGCAGCCGGGAGAUACCGCGAAGCUAGGCUUCGUCGAGCAACCAGCACCGCAAAACCUCGCCGUCCCUGAUGCUGAUACCCUCGGUCCUAUUCCAGUACCUGGCCAAACACGGAGUAACGCUGGGUAUCGACGAACAUAUAGUUCGAAUUCAAUAAAAGUGCGUAAUGUUGAAGUUGGUCCUGGAAGUUUUGAUAAGAUCAAAUUGAUCGGCAAGGGAGAUGUGGGUAAGGUAUAUUUGGUCAGGGAGAAGAAGUCCCAAAGAUUAUACGCCAUGAAAGUGUUGAGUAAAAAGGAGAUGAUCAAGAGGAAUAAGAUAAAACGUGCGCUUGCAGAACAGGAGAUUCUUGCUACAAGUAAUCACCCGUUCAUAGUCACUCUUUAUCAUUCCUUCCAGUCGGAGGAACACCUCUAUCUUUGCAUGGAAUACUGCAGUGGUGGUGAAUUUUUCAGAGCCCUUCAAACGCGGCCUGGCAAAUGCAUCUCCGAAGAUGAUGCUCGGUUUUAUGCCGCUGAAGUGACUGCUGCUCUCGAGUAUCUUCAUCUUAUGGGUUUUAUCUACCGUGACCUUAAGCCAGAAAGUAUGGAAGCCAUGUCUGCUUUUUCUUCUUCUGGAGUCGUCGCUAACAUGUACCCAGACAUCCUCCUUCAUCAAUCUGGACAUAUAAUGUUAUCAGAUUUCGAUCUCUCUAAACAAUCCGGCCCCGGGGGUGCGCCAACCAUGAUCAUUGGCCGCAACGGAACUUCCGCCAGCUCACUGCCAACAAUUGACACCAAGUCAUGUAUUGCCGAUUUCAGAACAAACUCUUUUGUAGGCACCGAAGAGUACAUUGCACCAGAAGUCAUCAAAGGAAAUGGCCACACCAGUGCUGUGGACUGGUGGACAUUAGGCAUUCUUAUCUACGAGAUGCUUUACGGCACCACUCCGUUCAAGGGCAAGAACAGAAAUGCAACAUUUGCAAACAUCCUAAGGGAUGAAGUUCCGUUCCCUGAACAUGCUAACGCACAGCAACUUUCCAAUCUCUGUAAAGGGCUUAUACGCAAGCUUCUUAUCAAGGAUGAAUGCCGUCGGCUCGGCGCCCGCGCUGGUGCUUCCGACGUCAAAACUCAUCCUUUCUUCAGGCCAACCCAAUGGGCCUUGAUCAGACACAUGAAACCCCCUAUGAUACCCCACCAGGGUAGAGCAAUCGACACUGUCAACUUUAGAAAUGUCAAGGAAAGUGCUAGUGUCGAUAUUGGUGGUUCAAGUAACUUGACCGGUGUGCCAAUGGACUCUGGGUUGGCCACGCCGUCGGGAGAAGUUGCCGAUCCCUUCGAAGACUUCAACAGCGUUACCCUCCACCAUGACGGCGACUAUCAUGAUAAUCACCUGGUUGAUGAUAGUAACAUCCAUAAGAGCUGA